AUGUCUGUUCUUAUUCCAAGGGAGAGGGCAAGAGCUCGCGAGGCACCACAGAAAUGGCUGGGGGGGGGGGGGGGGGGUGCCCCGCCGCGCCGCCUCACCUCCGGCAACCAGAGCAGCUGCAAUGUGCACAACCACCACUUCUCCGCCAAAGUCACCUUCUCCCUCUUCUACACCGCCCUGCUGGUGUUCGGUGCCUGUGGGAACAUCCUGGCCCUCUGCAUCACUUUCCAGCGCAGGAAGAAGAAACUCAACUCCACCGACCUCUACCUGGUGAACCUGGCCCUCUCCGACGCCCUCUUCACCCUGGCACUGCCGGGCAGGAUCACCUACUACAUCCUGGAGUUUGACUGGCCCUUCGGGGACUGGUUCUGCCGGGUCACAGCCUUCAUUUUCUACAUGAACACCUACGUGGGCAUCUACUUCAUGACCUGCAUAAGCGUGGACCGCUACAUUGCCGUGGUACGCACCAGGCACCCCGGCAGGAUCCGGAAGAUGAGCCGUGCCAGGGGUGUCUGCGUCCUCAUCUGGUCCUUGGUGUUCCUGCAGACAGCGCCGCUGCUUCUGCGGCCCAUGACGCGGAGGAUGGGGGACAAGCUGACGUGCAUGGAGUACUUUAACUUCGAGGAGAUUCCCAAGCUACCCUACCUGCUCCUGGGGGCCUGUGUGCUUGGCUUCUUCCUGCCUGUGGGCAUCAUCUUGGUGUGUUAUGUGAGGAUCAACCUCAAGCUCUGCCAGACAGCCAAGGAGAACCCAUUGACGGUGAAGAACGGGCACCACCGCCGGACCUUCACUGUCAUCUUGGUGGUGCUGCUGGCCGUCCUGCUCUGCUUCAGCCCCUACCACCUCAACAUCGUCCAGUUUAUGGUCAGGAAGAUCCUCUACCAGCCGUCCUGCCGCGAGCAGCAAGCCUUCAAGAUGUCCCUGCAAGUCACUGUGGCAUUCAUGAACCUCAACUGCUGCAUAGACCCCAUCAUCUACUUCUUCGCCUUCCGGGGCUACAAACGGAGGCUGCUCCGCAUCUUCAGGAAUAGUGGCUCGAUGGCCACCUCCUCCACUGCCAAGACCCCCUCCGAGAGCAACAGCAACAGCCAGCCGCCUGGCUCUGUCUCUGUCUAG